AAAUAAAAUUUAUUUCAAUUUUUUUACAAUUAUAAUUAAACAUUUCUUAUACUAGAAUUUUUUUAAUAAUUUGAAAAUAAUUUGCGGCAAUGCAAGGGAAUGGAGCAUUAGUAAAUAACAGCUUUAUAAUUGAGGAUUAUGAUAGAAUUGAAAUAGAGCCCGUAUCUACAUCUCAUAGUGAUUUGAAUUCAACAGGAAGUCAACAGUUUUUAACUGAUUCACAAACAAACUUUCGUUUUUUCCAACAAACAAAGGAUGGAAAUGAUAGGAUUCCAACACCAAGCAAUAUGGUCAGACGAUGGUCUCAGAAUCUUUCUAAGAUUGGAAAAGGGAGAAAGACUAUUAAAGAAAAGACCAUUUAUAGUCUUCCGUCACGGAAGGUAUUUGCCUUAGAUAAUCAAUUAUUGGGAACUCCAAACGAAAUUGAAAUAGAUCGUUUAGCUAACGAAAUUGAACAAAACGAAUCCUUAAUGGAAGAUAGUCCCCAAGGAAAACAAAUGCGUAUGGAAACAAUACGAGCACUUCCGCAUUCUUUAACCGCUAAAAGGAGAUUAAAAGAAAAGUUGGCAGUUUCUGUGACACAAAAUGCCUCAAAAGUAUCAAUUGGGUUUUUCAGAAAAUAUACUUCUAGGACUAAAUAUUUAUUAGUAAAAUUUUAUAAUAGAUUAAGAGGUUUUCUUAGCAGUAUUGAGCUAUGGUAUGAUUCUAUGAAAGAAAUUGAAGGUCACUUUGGUAGUGGCGUUGGAACAUAUUUUAAAUUUUUAAGAUGGCUGUUUAUGUUGGAUCUAUUUCUUCUUGUUUUCACAUUUUCAUUUAUUAGUUUUCCAGAAAUUUUGUAUGAUAUAUACGAAAAUAAUACAGAAAUUCAAUCAAAAGAUUUAUUUGAAAUUGAAGAUUUAUUUACAGCAGAGGGAUACAUUAAGUCUUCCAUAUUAUUCUAUGGUGCAUAUACAAAUACAACAUUCAGUAUUCCUGGAACAUCAUAUACAUACAGUUUACCUCAUGCUUAUUAUAUGACAAAUUUGUGCCUUUAUCUAUUUACAUUUAUAAUCAUAUCAUCAAGUAUGGCUCGUUCAUAUAGAAGAAGUUUUAUUGAAACUUCCGGUGGUAUAAAGCCAAUGUAUGCUCAUAAAAUAUUUUGUUCCUGGGAUUUCAGUAUUUCAAAUUUAAAAGCAGCUAAAUUAAAAAAAUCUUCCAUUUUUACUGAAUUAAAAGAGACUUUAAGUGAAUUAGAACAACCAAAAAUUGAAUAUUCAAAAAUGUGGCGAUUGUGGAUUUUUUGUUCACAAUUAACUGCACAUUUAUUAGUUUGUGGAAUGAUUGCUGGGCUUGGUGUAGCUAUGUGGAUCUUAUUACAGAAUUUUGCAAAAGAUGAUGAAUCUACAGCAUGGGAAACAUUGUAUUUAGCCAUUGCUGUUAAUAUUACAAUGUUAGUUUUACAAAGUUUCUUUGCGUGGAUAUCAAAAAUGGAAGAUUAUGAAACUCCCAGGCGAACUCUGCAUAUAACACUUAUGAGAAAUUUUUUACUUGAGGCUGUAAUAAUUGGUGUUUUAAUUUAUUUCUGGUUAACAAAAGAUUAUAAAGGAUGCUGGGAAACGUCCGUUGGUCAAGAAAUAUAUCGGCUAAUUAUUGUUGAUUUUAUAAUAUCCGGUUUAGGCUUACCAUUUGUUCAAUUAUUACAAGUUCUUUUGUUCAAGAAAUUUUGGCCUUCAAUGUCUAAGCCAAGUUUUGAUAUUUCAAGAAAAUCAUUGGGACUGGUUUUUAAUCAGACUCUUUUAUGGGUUGGGUUAUUGUUUUCUCCAAUGCUAUCAGCUGUGGUCACUUUAAAGAUGAUUAGUAAUUUUUACAUAAUGAAGUAUACAUUAAUACAUUUAAGUAAAUCGCCAAAACAUAUGUGGAAAUCAGCACAAACCCAAACGUUAUAUUUAGUUUUUACAUUUUUAUCGCUUUUAGGCGUAAUUGUAUCACUUGGCUAUAUAAUGACGCAAGUAAAAAUAAGUGAAAAAUGUGGACCAUUCCGAGAGCAUCAAUUUAUGUUUCAAAUAUUUAUUGAUGGUGUUUUACAACUUAAACAAAAUAGUUGGGUGUGGCGUGCUAUAAUGACAGUAACAAGACCAGCUGUAUUAGGUGGAAUACUUUUAACAAUGGCUGUUGUUGCAUAUUACUUAAGGGCCAAAUCUAAGGCUCGAGGUACAAUGGUUAAAUUAUUAAAGGAUAUGUUAUAUUUGGAGGCAAAAGACAAAGAAUUUUUGCUUAUGAACAUUGCCCGUAUUACACACAACCGAGAAUGGUUAUUUAUUGAUGAAGAUAUACAAAAUGAUAUACCAGAAAAUAAUUUUCAAGAUUAUGCUGAAUCAAGUUCCACGUGGCGAUAUCGAAAAAAUAAUAUGCCAAAUAGAAGUGAAACUAUUUUAAGAAGUCGUUUUAUUUAAUCAAAUCUCUUAAUUAUGAAAUUUAGGAGGUUGAAAAUUAAACUUAAAAAUGAAAGCGUAUUAAUAUUUCAGUAUAUUAAUACUGAAAUUAAAGUAUUCACUUACAUAUGUAUUAAUCUUAUAAAUCAUUUAAUAAUUUAUUUGUUUGUUAUGUAAUAUAAAUUUUAAUAGAAUUUUUGCUAAAAUAAUUAUAUACAUAUAUUUUUUGAAAUAUAGAUAAAUUUACAUUAUACAAUUUUC